AGCCAAUCCCACCGGGCCGUGGUCAGCAGCCGCCCUGCCUGUCUGUCUGGAGAGUGAAAUGAACCGGUUCCUCCCCACAAAGCCCGUAUUAAUUUUACCUACAUGGAUCAUCAGCCGGGCUUGAACCCAGAAUGUAAAGGAGAUGGAAUUUUCAUGGCAAUCGUGGUCAGUGGAAGAUUGAAGGCCCCAGACCCCGUGGUCGCCCGGCUCUCAGCCUGAUGCACCUUCCUCAAGGCUGCAGGGUAUGUUGAGGUGACCUGUCCCCCCAUCUCCACAGAGACACAGACAAGCUGGGAGCUGCGUGAUGCUUGGCCAGGCUGAAGGUUCCUGGGUUUCUUGGGUUUUGCAAAGCCCUCUGCUUGCUUUGGCCGCACUAGAUUUUGCCUGCAGAUUAGAGACAAGAUGCGUGGGAUGCAGAAAGAUAUGAGCCAUGUUGGCUUCCUGUAGCUGGAGCCACCAGACGAGUUCCUCAUUUGGGGCUCAGUGGAGCUGGGCACCGGCGUGUUGGUGGCAGCGCUGAGGGGGCCCCUCGCUGCCCCCAUCAUGGCAUCUGCUCUCACUGUCCUUGUCCUUGCACUGGCUGGAUCCCUGCUCGCCGGCCGCCUGCCCACCAAGGAGCCCAGCUACCCCAAACCCAACAUCUCCCUGAGCCCCAGCGCGGGGGUCACCCUGGGGGGAGCCGUGACCAUCCGGUGUGAGUGUCGGUGUCGGGGAGCGAGGGUCCUUCUGAUUAAAGCUGGAGACCCGAACGCACGGCGCUCGAUGGACCCCAUGGGGGACGUGGCUGAGUUUCUCAUCCGCAGCGUGAGCCGGAGAGCCGCAGGGAACUACAGCUGCCAAUAUAGCACCACAUUGGACUCCCCCGUCUGGUCAGAGCCCAGCGACCCCGUGGAGCUGGUGGUAACAGGGAAAGGACCAGCCCUGAGACAGAGCAGGGAGUCCGAGGCUGCAGCCACAGUCUGCGCCCUCGUGCGUGAACGAAAGCAGCUGGAUGUCCUGCCCCAGGAGCCCGACCCCGGCGCCGAGGGACUCACCUACGCCGAGCUGGACGGCCGGGCGCUGCAGGGCAAGCGGGGGGGCCCGGCCCCUGCCCCCGAGCCUGCCCAGCCCAGCGUGUACGCUGCCAUCAGUAAGAGUUCUGAGAAAGCUCAAAAACUUGUGCUGGAUGCUGAUGGGGACGAAUUCACCAUCCCCAGCGACGAAUUCACCAUCCCCAGCGCCAGGCGGGAAGACGCAGGAGCCUACAGCUGCCAAUCCCACGCCCUAUGGGAGCCGCCCAACAGGUCGUACGCCAGUGGCAUCGUGCGGCUCAUUGUUGCAGAGACCUACUACUCCAAACCCUCCAUCUCCCUGCGCUCCAGCACGGGGGUGACCCCGGGGGGAGCUGUGACCAUCCAGUGUCGGGGUCGGUACCAGAACAUGAGGUUCCUUCUGUACAAAGAUGGAAACUCGACCGCGCUGCAGGUCGCGGAGCCGGCUGGGAACGUGGCUGAGUUUUCCAUCCACAGUGUGAGACGCAGAGACGCAGGGAGCUACCGCUGCCGAUAUAGCAGCAAAACGGACCCGUCUGCUUCUUCGCAUCCCAGUGACCCCGUGGAGCUGGUGGUAGCAGAGGGAACCGACCCAGCUGGGACCCAGCAGCCGGAUCCCCCCACGACAGAGCCGGCGAGAGAAGGGGGAACCGACCCAACUCCGCUGGGAAUGACGACGGCUCCCACCCAACCAGGCAGCGCGUGUCCAGGUCCUGUGGUCUAUAGGAUUUGCCUGCUUGCUUGCAUAUAUGUAUCAUUUCUUAUAGUUUAAGUACCUUAUAUACUCGUUCAUAAGCCGAAUAUUUUUUGGUAAAAAAGUGACGCAUCC